GCAGAUCUAAAGUACGCAUCGUGAGUGACAAACGUACAGACAGAUCAACAAAAUGGACCCUAGAUUAUAUGUAUUUCUCGCCGCUAUAACAGCGGCUUCCGCAUUCAAUGCUGCUUUUGAAAGUUGUAGUGAAAAAUGCACAGUUAGCGAAGUACGCAUCGAGCCUUGCAAGUCCUUGAAGUAUUGUUUGUUCAGAUUAGGAUCUAACGCCUCGAUAUCCUUCGACUUCACUCCAAAUUUCAGUGCAACAGAACUAGAAACUGCUAUAUACUCGGACGAGCACCACGCCAAGUUAACGUCAAUCGGGAACAACGGCAUCGUGAACGCCUGUCUCCACACGCCCUGCCCCCUGGAGCCCGGGAGACAGCAGACCUUCAACUUCACGUUGUAUAUCGGAAAGAAAUUGCCCCCCGCGAAAUAUCAAUUCAGAUGGCAAGUGUGGAACAAAAACAAUGAAGAAGAGUUCUGCUGUUUAAAGACUAACAUCAAGCUGAAAAAGUAAACAGGGACCUUUAAAAGAAACGAAGAAUAAGAAUAAAGAAUUAAUAA